CCCAUCUGCCACUAAAAGUAAGAUAGGGUCAUAAUUGAGCCCCGGCCUACUACAACCUACUAGUUCAUGAAGGACCAUCCUCCUCAUUUAUCACCAACACUAUCUUUUGUUCCCGCUUAAAUGACUUAUUUUAAUCAUUCAUCUCACCACUCACCCAUUAAAAAUACUAGUUAAAUAUUCCUUUAUCAUCACUCUUUUAUCUCCUCUCCAUGCUAUAAAAUGAAUCCCAAAAGCAUCUUCAUCUUGUCUGUUCUGUUAAUUUCAGCUUCACUAUCUGCAGCAACUAGGCCUGAUUCAUUCGGUCCCUUAUCAUCUAAACUAAAAAAGCACAACCAAGGCAGCAGGAAACCGAGCAACCAAAACAACAAAAAACUCGGCGGUGGAAACACUGGAGGGAACGGCGGGUUCUUCGGUAUAACACCCGUGUUUGGGUUGCCGGGGUUUGAAAAUGGGAUCGUAGGCGGUGGCUAUGGAGCUGGUUUCGGAGGUCCUAAAGGAGGAUACUCAAAAGGUAGUAUUAUUAAACCCACGGUUGUUUGUAAAGAGAAAGGCCCUUGCUAUAACAAGAAGCUGACCUGCCCUGCUAAGUGCUUCAGUUAUUAUAGCCGGUCAGGGAAAGGUUACGGCGGCGGUGGCGGCGGUGGUGGCUGCAUAACGGAUUGCAAGAAGAAAUGCAGAGCUUACUGUUGAAAAGGGUAAUAAUAUACAAUACAGUACUCGCCACGUCAUGAAAUCUAUAGUGGCUUAACCAUGUAUGAUUAUAUAUGAGAUGUAUGGAGGAUUUUCUAUUAAAAGUAAUAUAAUAUGCAUAUUUAUGGAGGAA